GUUCAAUAUCUCAUCUCUAAUGUGAAUAAUUCACCAUCAUCAUCAUUAUCAUCAUAAUAAUAAUUCCUUAUCAAAGAACUAAUUAAAACAGUGUGAAAAUCAUAACAAUAAACAAAACGAAAGAAAAAAAUAUUUAAUAUGAAUAGUCCAAGAGGAAGUAAAAUAGAUGUGGAAACUAGUGAAGAUGAUGAAAAAUUAAUGAAAGAUUGUCAUGUAACUAGAAAAAGAAUUAGUGAACUGCGAGAAAUAUUUCGAUUUAUCGAUCGAGACAAUGACGGCACAGUGAGCAGACAAGAAUUUAGUACGUUGAUACGUCUUGUCAGUUCAGAAUAUACGGAUAAUCAAAUUAAAUUGUUAAUGAAUAAAGCAGAUAUGAAUGGUGAUGGCGAAAUGGCUUUUGAUGAAUUUGUUCGUCUGUUAUCCAAUGAAAGUGAUGCUCAUGAAGAAGUUUCAGCAACACGUGAAGCAUUUGAAGUAUUCGAUACGGAUAAUGAUGGUUACAUAACAGCAUCAGAACUACGUCAAGUAAUGACUCGAGUUGGACACAAUUGUUCCGAAAUAGAAGUUCAAGAAAUGCUCUCUGAAGCUGAUCAAGAUGGAGAUGGUAAAGUUACAUAUGAAGAGUUUGUUGCAAUGCUUAAAGAAAAUUCCUCUGAAUGAAAAUUUAUUUCUACCAUCACUAAUUUUCAACUUCAUUUUGGUUGUUUCCAAGAGUAUAUUUUUUGUAGCUCAGUCCGUAUGAAUAUAUAUUAAAAUACAUCUACAUAAAUAUAUACUCACAUAUACAUCAA